AUGAAGAGACAAAACGUGAGGACCCUGUCGCUCAUCAUUUGCACGUUCACCUACCUGUUAGUCGGUGCGGCUGUCUUCGAUGCCUUGGAAUCUAAGAAGGAGAAGACCCAGAAGAAGAAAGUGUACGACCGAAAACAAGAGCUGAUGAACACCUACAAUCUCUCUCAAUUCAACUUCGAUGAGCUGGAGAGGGUGGUGUUGCAGCUGAAGCCUCACAAAGCCGGGGUACAGUGGAAAUUCGCUGGAUCUUUUUACUUUGCAAUCACGGUGAUCACGACCAUAGGGUACGGCCAUGCGGCCCCCAGCACGGAUGGAGGCAAGGUGUUCUGCAUGCUCUACGCCCUGCUGGGCAUCCCUCUCACCCUGGUCAUGUUCCAGAGCCUGGGCGAGCGCAUCAACACCCUGGUGCGCUACCUGCUGCACCGCCUGAAGAAGUGCCUUGGCAUGCGGCGCACUGAGGUCUCCAUGGUCAACAUGGUGGCCAUUGGCUUCAUCUCCUGCAUGAGCACGCUGUGCAUUGGAGCACUCUCCUUCUCCUACUUCGAGGGAUGGAGCUUCUUCCACGCCUACUACUACUGCUUCAUCACGCUCACCACUAUCGGCUUCGGGGACUAUGUGGCACUGCAGAAGGAUCACGCUCUACAGACCAACCCCAAGUACGUGGCCUUCUGCUUCAUCUACAUUCUCACUGGCCUGACCGUGAUCGGAGCCUUCCUCAACCUGGUCGUGCUGCGCUUCAUGACCAUGAACGCGGAGGACGAGAAGCGGGACGCCGAGCAGCGCGCCCUCCUCUCCCGAAACGGCCAGGUGGGAGGGCACAACCACAUGCGCUGCGCCCCCGACUUGCCCUCCUCCUCCUCAGCUGCCUCAGGGUCAGGGCGGGGGCUGCGGAACGUGUACGCGGAGGUGCUCCACUUCCAGUCCAUGUGCUCCUGCCUGUGGUACAAGAGCAGGGAGAAGCUGCAGUACUCUAUCCCCAUGAUCAUCCCCCGAGACCUGUCCACCUCGGACACAUACAUGGAGCAGGGGGAGGCCUUUUCCUCCGACCCCCUCCACCCGCUUCACUCCAACGGCUGCGUCUACAGCAUGCACCAUCCCCACUCCGCCAUCAGCUCUGUGUCCACGGGCCUGCACAGUCUCACCCCAUACAGACUAGGACACAGCAAGCGGCGAAGCUCCAUAUAG